GAUGAUGAAGCGGGUAGCAGCUGCUGUCACAUGAUCCAGUGAGGAUGAGAUCUGAGCGAUCCAGAAGCGCAGCGCUCUGCACUCGCUCUCCAUCUCGUCUGAUGCUCGGACUUUGUGAUUGGACAUCCUGAGAAGGAUGACUGGGAAAACUCAAACCAGCAAUAUAACAAAUAAGACAGAUCCUCGCUCUCUAAAUUCCAGAGUGUUCAUUGGAAACCUCAACACCGCUGUGGUCAAGAAAACUGACAUUGAGCUAAUUUUUGCCAAGUAUGGCAAGAUCACCGGCUGCUCUGUGCACAAGGGCUUUGCUUUCGUCCAGUAUGCCUGCGAGAGGAACGCUCGCUCAGCUGUGGUUGGCGAGAACACCAGGGUGCUUGCUGGACAGACCUUGGACAUUAACAUGGCUGGAGAGCCCCGUCCUUACAGGCCAAAAGUGGGAUCCAAGCGUCCCUUCUCCUUAUACAGUGGCUAUGAAUUUGAUUAUGAUUUCUACAGGGAUGAUUUCUAUACCAGGAUUUUUGACAUUCAUGGGCGAUUUGCACCAUCCCCUCGGGCUAUGAUACCUAUCAAGCAUUCCCGCUUGGUUGCACUCUCAACACGCAGGACGAAAAACUCUUUCCAGCCAAAGAUGUCCACCUGCUCUUCUUAUCUAAAAACGCUGUCAUCAGGUUCCUUACGCUCUAUGGUGAAAUCCGAUCAACUCCUGACAAUCAAGAAAGAACUGUCUCAGAUCAAGAUUAAGAUCGACUCCUUACUGGGAAGGCUAGAGAAGAUUGAACGGAAGCAGUUAGCAGAAGCAGAAGCCCACAGGAAGCACGAGAAGGCCUAUCAAUCUCUCUAUAGUGAGACGGAAGAAAAUUCUGGAGAGGAUGUGGAUCAGGAACAUCAAACGUGGGAUGUGACUGAUGAAUGUGAUGAUGGAUAUGAUGACAGGGUAAACAAUGAUCUGAUAGAAAACCACAUAUCUGAUGUGGACAACUGAACAAGGACUGAGACCAGUGCACCUAUAAUGUUUACUAUUUUUGGAAGAUAUCGAGCUGGAAUUGUUGACCUUUCCAUGUCAAACUAUUUAUGUAUUAAGUAUGUAUGUAUAUGUAUUUAUUUCAUUCAAUUAUUUCUUUUUUGUAAGAAAUCUGAAAGAUCUAUGAAGUUAUUCUGAUAUCUGCAUACAUGAGAUAAGUGUGAAUAGACAAAACAAAAGGGUGAAAACUGUAACUUUGAUUUUCAGCUAUUCAACUAUGUAAAAUAAUUCAUGUAUUUUAUCUAAAGUGAUAAACUUAAGUGUCAUUGUCAUAAAGGUUUACAAAUAAAUGGAAAAUGUUAUAUUGUAGCCUAUGUGCAUUUUAUUUUUUGGCAUUAAAUGAUUAUGUAUAUAUUUAAGUAAUAUUUAUUGAAUGGACAUUUAUGUAUAGCCUAGGCAUAAGUAAACUAUAAUAAAAUGAUUGAUGUCUCACACAUUAUUAGCUACCUUAUACAUAUCUGUCUAGUACUUUUCUAUAUUUUAUUGUGUUUAUUUUUAUGUGUUUAUAUUGUGUGACACAUUUGUGAAAUAAAAUCGGCCAGACA